CAGCGCCGCGUGCGCCCCGGGCGCGCCGUAGCCGCGGGGCCCCCGCCGGGCGCUACGCUACGGAGGCGGCGUAGGGCGGGCGCCGGACGCGGACCGGGUCCAGCCGGGUCUGGGCGUUCGGCGGCUUCGCCACUCGGCGCCGAAGGCCCACGGGGCAGCGUGGUGGUCGGCAGAAGUUGUGGGCCGGCCGGCAGGGGCGAGAGGGCCGGGGGCCGCGCCACCCAGGCCGCAGGGACGGAGGAGGCACCGCCGGGUUGCGAGGUCAUGGCAGAGGCCCAGGGACAUGUCUGAGCAGAGCUUCUGCACAGCGCUGCGUUGGUGCCACCAGGACAGGGCCUGCUGCACGGGUGCGGGGCGCUGGGGACUGUGGGAGGUCAGAGGUGGCCUAGUCCAGCACAGGGGCCCCAGGAGGAGCUAUGUGGAGCCACCCAGGAAACGCCAUCACACUCCAGCGGCUGCUCUGUACCCUGCUCUCGGGCUUUUCUGAGGUCCGGGGGACCUUCCAGUGGCUGGGCGAGGGGAUGUGCCUGGACGGUGCUAUAAGAUAUCUGGAGGGAAGCAGGUCGAUAGCUGCUGUCUGGAAGUGUCAUGUGAGUCUGCGCCCCGAGGAAGGUCGUCAUUGUGACUUGGUGCUGCUCCUGCUUUGUCACAGCCCAAACCUGAAGCAGAGGGAAUGCCUCCUUGAGCCAGCCCCUCCCCCCACAGCCUUCUCAGAAAAGUUGCCCUUUGGAAUUAAACUCAUGCAGGCAGACUGAGUCUCCAGGACCUUCUGCGCCUGCCUGGUGCCACCCUCCUGCCGUGUCACAAGAAAGACAGCAUGUCCUGGAGCCCCUGCCAUUCCAGAGGUGGUAGCUGCAGACCCUUCCCUCCCCCCACCCGGCUCCCAUCUGCCUCCCUGUGGGGUGAGCUGAAGGCUCGAGUGCCCCAUGUCCCGUGAAGCCUGCCCUGCUGCCAACAGAGCUGCCCGGGCCAGGGCCGCUGCUGCCUCCACUUGGCAAACAGAAACGUCCACACACACACGCCCGGGUCCAUGGCCACGGUUGGGGAGUGGUCCUGCACGCGCUGCACCUUCCUGAACCCGGCCGGCCAGCGCCAGUGCUCCAUCUGCGAGGCCCCCCGGCAUAAACCUGACCUCGACCAGAUCCUGCGGCUCAGCGUCGAGGAGCAGAAAUGGCCCUGCGCCCGCUGCACAUUCCGGAACUUCCUGGGCAAGGAGGCCUGCGAGGUGUGUGGCUUUGCCCCGGAGCCCGCGCCUGGCACCUCCCUGCUGCCCGCCAUCAACGGGGUCCUCCCCAAGCCGCCCGCCGUCCUGGUGGAGCCCAAGGGCAGCUGCCAGGAGGAGGCGGGUCCAGUGCAGAUGGAGGGACUCGUGGCCGCGGAGCCGGCUGGGGGUCGGCCAGAGGAGAAGCAGGACGGGGUGGCCGAGUCCGGGAGUGGCUGGGCCUGCCCCCGCUGCACGCUGCACAACACGCCCGUGGCCAGUUCCUGCUCUGCCUGCGGGGGCCCCCGAAAACUCUCACUGCCCAGGAUCCCUCCUGAGGCUCUGGUGGUCCCUGAAGUGGUGACCCCUGCCGGCUUCCACAUCACACCUGCCCCACCCCAGCCCGGGGAAGGCGCCGAGGCCGACCCUCCCUGUGCCGCCGACCAGGAGCCACCACGGCUGCUGCCCUUCAGCCCCUUCUCGCCCACCCUGCAGAACAAUCCCGUGCCCCGCAGCCGCCGGGAGGUUCCCCCCCAGCUGCAGCCACCGGUGCCUGAGGCCACCCAGCCCUCGCCCCCCGCUGGCUCCAAGGGGGCUGCCCAGGGCUCUGGGCGGACUGCAGCUGGGGCCUCCCGCUUGGCGGAGCUGCUGUCAGGCAAGCGGCUGAGUGCUCUGGAGGAGGAGGUGACCGAGGGUGGCCCUGGGCUGCGCCCCUGCAGCUCCUGCUCCGCAGCCGGCCCCACGAGCCUGUGCGAAGCCUGUGGCACGGCGCCAGGCUCCGAUGUCAUUGACCUGACCGGGGACACCGUGCGCUACACGCCCGCCAGCCCUUCCAGCCCCGACUUCACUACCUGGUCGUGUGCCAAGUGCACGCUCAAGAACCCCACCGCGGCCCCCAGGUGCACCGUGUGCGGCUGCUCCAAGCUGCACGGCUUCCAGGAGCACGGCGAGGCCCUCGCCCGCUGCCCCGACUGCAGCGCCGACAAGCCCGGCUCCUGUGCGGCCCACAAGGCCUGCCGCCUCUUUCCGGAGGCAGCGCCUGAGCGGCCGGGCCAGUGGGCCUGCCCCGCCUGCACUCUGCUCAACGCGCCCCGGGCCAAGCACUGCGCCGCCUGCCACACGCCCCAGGUCCUGGUGGCCCAGCGCAGGGGCGCUGCACCCCUGAGGCGCAGGGAGAGCAUGCACGUGGAGAAGCGGCGGCAGACGGACGAGGGGGAGGCCAAAGCCCUCUGGGAGAACAUCGUGGCCUUCUGCCGGGAGAACAAGGUGAACUUCGUGGAUGACAGCUUCCCCCCUGGGCCCGAGUCUGUGGGCUUCCCGGCGGGCGACAGUGUCCAGCAGCGCGUGCGGCAGUGGCUGCGGCCUCACGAGAUCAACUGCUCCGUCUUCAGGGACCACAGCCCUUCCUGGUCCGUGUUCCACACCCUCCGGCCCUCAGACAUCCUGCAGGGGCUGCUGGGAAACUGCUGGUUCCUGAGUGCCCUGGCAGUGCUGGCCGAGCGGCCCGACCUGGUCGAGCGGGUGAUGGUCACUCGCAGCCUGUGCCAGGAGGGCGCCUACCAGGUGCGGCUCUGCAAGGACGGCACGUGGACGACAGUGCUGGUGGACGACAUGCUGCCCUGUGACGAGGCCGGCUUCCUCCUCUUCUCGCAGGCCCAGCGGAAGCAGCUGUGGGUGGCCCUCAUCGAGAAGGCGCUGGCCAAGUUGCACGGCUCCUACUUUGCCCUCCAGGCGGGGCGUGCCAUCGAAGGCCUGGCCACGCUCACCGGCGCCCCCUGUGAGAGCCUGGCGCUGCAGGUCAGCUCCACUAACCCCCGCGAGGAGCCCGUUGACACUGACCUCAUCUGGGCCAAAAUGCUGAGUUCUAAGGAGGCUGGGUUCCUCAUGGGCGCCUCUUGUGGGGGCGGCAACAUGAAGGUGGAUGACGCUGCCUACGAGAGCCUGGGCCUGCGCCCCCGCCACGCCUACUCCGUCCUGGAUGUCCGCGAUGUCCAGGGCUUCAGGCUCCUGCGUCUCCGGAACCCUUGGGGCCGCUUCUCCUGGAAUGGCAGCUGGUCGGAUGAGUGGCCGCUCUGGCCAGGGCACCUGCGUGGUGAGCUCAUGCCACAUGGCAGCAGUGAGGGCGUCUUCUGGAUGGAGUACAGCGACUUCAUCAGGUACUUUGACUCCGUGGAUAUCUGCAAGGUGCAUUCCGACUGGCAGGAGGUGCGGGUGCAGGGCUGCUUCCCCAGCUCAGCCAGUGGGCCAGUGGGAGUGACAGCGCUCACCGUGCUGGAGCGAGCGUCCCUGGAGUUCGCCCUCUUUCAAGAGGGCAGCAGGCGCGCGGACUCUGCGGACAGCCACCUCCUGGAUCUGUGCGUCCUGGUGUUCCGGGCCUCCUUUGGCAGCGGCGGCCGCCUGAGCCUGGGCCGCCUGCUGGCCCACAGCAAGCGCGCCGUCAAGAAGUUUGUCAACUGUGACGUGAUGCUGGAGCCCGGCGAGUACGCUGUGGUGUGCUGUGCCUUCAACCACUGGAGCCCCGCCGCGCCGGGCCCCCCAGCCGCUGCUCAGGAGCUGCCAGGCCACGUGCUGGCUGUGUACAGCUCGAGGCUGGUCAUGGUAGAGCCCGUGGAGGCCCAGCCCACCACGCUUGCCGACGCCAUCAUCCUCCUCACCGAGAGCCGGGGCGAGCGGCACGAGGGUCGCGAGGGCAUGACCUGCUACUACCUGACUCACGGCUGGGCAGGGCUCAUCGUGGUGGUGGAGAACCGGCACCCCAAGUCCUACCUGCACGUGCAGUGUGACUGCUCUGACAGCUUCAACGUGGUGUCCACCCGGGGCAGCCUGCGCACCCAGGACAGUGUGCCGCCCUUGCACAGGCAGGUCCUGGUGAUCCUGUCCCAGCUGGAGGGCAACGCGGGCUUCUCCAUCACCCACCGCCUGGCACACCGCAAAGCGGCCCAGGCCUUCCUCAGCGACUGGACGGCCUCCAGGGGCACCCACAGCCCCCCACUCACUCCUGAGGUCGCUGGCCUGCACGGGCCCCGGCCGUUGUGACCACCCUGCCCUCGCCCGCCUGUCCCCCCCACAUGCACUUUAGGAGGGAGACCCCAACAGAGGAUGCUUGAACCAGAAUCUCAGGACCCUACCCAGGGAGCCACCAGGCAGGGGGCGCAGCCUCCCCUGGGCCUUCCCCCCGCCCUCCCUCCUGCCCAGGGCCUCCCACCCGCCAAGCAGAAUACCUCGAACCCGCUUCUAAUGUGAGAGGGCUGUGCCUCGAGGUCGGGUUCAGACCGCCAGGACUGAGCGAGGCUGCCCCUUGACUGUGGGCCUGGGGCCUUCUGCCUGUGGGAAGCAGCUAAGAGCUCCAUUCACAAAGCCAAAUCUGGGCAGGUCAGAGGCUGGGACCCCAGGGUAAGCAGGGACCAAUCCCUUGUGGGGGUCCAAGGCUGGGACCCCAGGGUGAGCAGGGACCAUACCCUCUGUGGGACACGAGGUCAGGAGCCUUCACUCCCCAGCUUGCCCCCAGAGCCCAUCUUCUCACUCCCCCACCCCCAUGAGGCAAGCAGGGGUCCCUGGAGUCCCAGCAGUGUGUCCCAGGAGGCAGGUGCUUGGUGACCAUGGGCUCAGGACCAGGGACGAGGAGGGUCCCAGCUGCCCCUCCGGCAACACUAUGCAAUUCCUGGAGCCCCCUCCAGGAUCGAAGCCAUGCCCUGGGGCUGCCGGGCACGAGCUGCCACUGGGUGAGGUGGUUUGUCCUCAGUACCACCUGACCUCUGCCAGGAGGACCAGGGUCCAGCAGAAAUCCUUGGCCAGUCUUGUCCAGGCACACGCAGGGUACCCCUUCCAGCUCCUCCCCUGCCUCAAGCCCAGGGAGCUGGGCUGCCUCCUGGCCCUCCUGCCCCAUGGCUGCUCAAAGUCCUGCAUCUGCCUGUGGACGUCCGAGGCCGGCUUCCAGCCGCCUGCCUGGCCUCGCUGCCCUGUAGCCCCCAGGCAGCAAGCGGCCCUGCUCACCGCCCCGCACUUCCCAUGGGGCUUGCAGGGUUUUUAUACCUGGAGAAACCCCAGGAAGCACUGCACUCCCCUUUGGGCCUCCUUUAUAUUUCCUCCUUUUACUCUGAGCUGUGAAUAUUUUUAACCCUGUACAUAUGGCCAGCUCUUCUGAUGCAGAGACUAUUUUAUCAGUCGGUCCCCAGCCCUGUAGGAUGAUUCUCCAUGGGUGUUUCCAGACUCAGGCUCCGAUGGACCAAAUGAAAUGUUUUGUUUUGUAA